GGGAGCAGUAGGGAGGUGGUGCUGUCUCCAGUGGGUUAACAUAUCUUUUCGAUCGUUAAUCAUCAAGAUAAUAAUACUCAAAGUUAAACGAUAACCAAAUAUUCGAUAACGAUACAUGAUAAACAUUAAUUAAAAUCAAAAAGUGCCCAGUGAGUGUCUUAAUCAGUUUUCAGGUAGGCACUAGGCGAUAUGAAAAUCAGUUUGUAUUUUUUGCUAUUUUAUGUGUGUAAUACGGCAUGCAAUGGCGAUAAAGAAGCCGAAGAGGAGGCGAACAGGAAACGGAUACUUGACCAAUUGACGAAAACACGCACAGUGAUACUGGAUGACUACCAUUUGGUCACUAGGCAGAUAGCGACCGAUGUAUAUAUGUACAGAAGCUACCGCACUGUGUCUGUUGUGUUUUAUCCCGUCAGGAAAGACGUUAGCGAUGCACGCUUCACAUUCCAGGCUGAAGAGCUUCAUUUAAAUAACAUUGGCAGGUGCGACCCUCAAGAUGUCAUAAUCAACAUAAAGCACGGCUCCUACCCAGCCGUGAACCCCGACGGGUACCCCUUCCCUAAAGACUUCGUGGACCCGGCAACCAGGGACACUAUACACACGGUGGAAUUGCUGUCGGAUGGCAAGAAUAAGUCCUACAGUAUAAUUCACCCCAAGCCUGGGUCUUGGUACGCGCUGGUGUACAGGAAAUGGGAGGAUCCUAGGACUCAGAAGGUUGAGCAGCAAGGUCUCGUUGCCGACUGCCACACAAUCUUAUACACGGACCUGCAAGUGAAAAUAGACGAUGACGUCCGACUUAUAGACUGUGACCAGGGCAUCACCAUCUCCUACUCGAAUAUCCCUGCUACCUACAAAUGUAUGGUCGUUGACAACAUACAACCAGUCAACUUCAACUUUACAAUCACGAACACUGCCGGUGCUGACAGAGACGUCAUCUUCCUUAUAGAAGCCCUAUACCAACCCUCUCUAGAUAAUAACCUCCUCUCAUGCUACUUCGACCCAAGAGCCAGCAAUGUACACUCAGUAAACUUCAUUCCUCAUCCAAACGCGUGGCAUUACUUCAGAAUAGAACACUACACCCCCGAAAAUGAUACCAAAAUCAAUGACUGUAACAACCUAUACUAUGCCAGAACGGAAGAAGACGAUCUCAGCAAUCAUUCCGUUAUAGACCUUAUGCGCGACGACAAAGGUCGCUUUUUCACAUUCGACUACGGCUUACCUACCACUGAUUUGCAAGACGCAACCAGCUUAGUCAAUCUGACCUCGGACGAAGUGAAGUCCUUAAGGUUUCCGGUGACCAAAAUCUUAGAUAUCGGAGGCACUUUAGCUUUGGAAGCUAGUCUGCUUAUGAAAAACCUGAAAUAUUACAUGGGAUGGAAAAGAGAUCGGAAAGGUGCCCAAGGAAAUUUGCUGGCGUUUACGGAGGAUAGCCAGUAUAUGCGCGUUGUGAUCUGUUUGGACAUCGGUCACACGAGCUUGCCCUUAUCGUCCGGACACUGCCAAUACAACGAUCACGUGAAGCCGGCGUUGUUCGUCUUGAACAGCACGGACUCAGAGUCCAUAGACGAUAAAGUGAUAAUUCCUUUUCCCGACGACGGGCAGUGGUAUCUGACGUUCCGUUUGUUUUGCGAUGAAGUCGUCUGUCCUUGUCGGACGUUUGAUAACGGUACGAAGUAUUACGUGAACUCGAGCGUGCUAGACAGGGACGAGGAAGACUUGGGGAACGUGUCGAUGCGAGAGGGGGAGAAGGAUUGCAACGUGACCGUGGUGCUGUCGAUCUCCUCGUCGUCUUGUGUUGGCGGCCGCUGCGGGAACCACGGCAGCUGUCUGCUCAACACGUUCGGGGGACUGAUUAUGUCUUUUUGCUCCUGCACGGCUGGUUACGGAAGCUGGGACUGUUCUGACGACUCAAGGAUGGACAGCAGCGUAUCCAUGAUCGUGUCAGUACUACUCCUCACCCUCAGCAACAUGCUCUUCUUCAUCUCCAUCUACGUGGCCAUCAUCAGACUCUACUACACCGAAGCCAUGAUGUAUGGGUUCACCAUGGUCUUCUCUACAUUCUACCACGCCUGCGACGCGCCCGCUCAGGUAGCCUACUGUAUCACCCGACCGAACAUUCUACAGUUCGGAGACUUCUACUGCGGUAUCAUGUGCUUCUGGGUAACAUUACUGGCCAUGGCCAUCAUGGGUGAGAAACUGAGAUCCUCAUUACAACUGAUCGGUGCAAUAAUCAUAGCUUUACUCACUACGUGGAACAUGCAUUCUAUAGUCGCGUUUAUUUUACCUGUUGCGAUUGGAUGCGGACUUUUAUUCUUAAGUUGGUAUUUAGAUUGGAGAAAGACUCAUGCGUUAAUGUUCAAGAGAUCGUAUUACACAACUUUCUUGCCUAUAGGCAUAUUGUUGGUCGGUGUAGGUUUGAUCUGCUUUGCUUUUCUUCAGACUGAGCAGAAUUAUAAGAUUGUACAUUCGAUUUGGCAUAUGAUAAUCGCUGCAAGCGUAGUGUUCCUUUUACCGGACAUAAAACGCGGAGACGACGCCAACCCAUUCCUGCCCGGCCCCAAUUUCUGGAGACUGCCGUUUUGUAGCAAAUUCAACAGAUCUCAGACCCCUAACACUGUCAAUAGAUCUCAAACUCCUACAACAACGGCCCCGCUAACAGCAGACUGAAAGCGUCAAUUGCCAUCCAUUAUAAAACGAGCCUUAUGUCGUUUUGCUAAGGUGCAAAUACAAAUAACGCGUUAGUGUUAGUAGUAAUUAAGAUAUAAAUGUUAUUUCCGUUAGUUAUGACAUUCUCCUACUAGUCAACACUAUUUUGAACGAGUACAGAUAUUUUAGUAAUUCGUAUAGCUCUUGAUAGUUAGGUGUAACGUAUUGAAUUCACAUGACAAUAGAUAAUGAUAGGUAGUAGUACAAUUUUCAUAUAUUUAUUGAAGUACACGAAACAAAAUGAAAAAGACUGUGAGAAGAAUAAGAGAACUAAGCAGAGCCGGACUCGGACAUUGUUAUCGAGGUAAAUCUAUAAGUAAUGGCCGAUUUAUGGAUGCUAUCAAUUUAUGAGUUAACUAAUUGUUCUUAUUAAAUGCCCCGAGUCCGGCCCUGGCAAUACGUAACCAACAUACCACGCCCCACGACCCCGUUAGAAAUUAACGGACCAAUUUUGAUGUGAUUUUCUGUGAUAGUGUACCAGAAUGUAGCUGAUUUUUUAUCGUUCUGUUUCUAUACUUGAAUAUUUUUAAUUGAUAUUUCUAACAAGGGAAGUCGAAGGCUCGUUCAAACUUUUAAUAUUUACAGAAUUAACUUUGUUUCUGAAACGGGUCUAGAUGUAAAUAAUAAAUUAUAUAUCCAAGGGUAUUUGUAAUAAAAUAAAGCUACAUGCGAAGUGCGUGGUGGAGUAAUAUAAGCGACGACAACGCACAGCGGAGGAAGAAUGACCUUCGUGGGACUUUUUCGAGGAAUGGGUCAAACCCGACAAAUCGAGAUAUUUUUGUCAGUUAAAUAACAACUCUCACAUAUAGUUCUAAUUUCAAAAACCCAUUUGCACGACUUAUCGGGUUUUACCGCACAGCCUUCGAUUUGACAGCUGUUAACUCAAUCAGAUAGUCAUGCACAGAUCGAAUAUUCGUCACGAUCACACGAUUGUGUUAGAGAUGGGCAGCUUUAGGGUUUACCGUUUAGUGUAGUUGUUGGAUAUAAAGAAAUUUACUAAUAAUUGUGGACAAUAAGACUGUAGACCAUUCAAGUAAAAGUAUUAAAGGUGGUCUCAAUAUAUCGAACACAAUACGACCUUAAUAUGUAAAUCUUAUUGAAGUAUUUAAUUGCAUAUUUUACAAGUAGGUAAAUCUACGUUUACUUAAUGACAAACGCGCAAUUCAUAAAAAAAUGCAGUUUUAAGAAACAACAUGAACUAUGAAAAAUCUUCUAGCCUGCAUAGGUACUUAGGGCAUACUGAAAAUACCUGGACUGGCCGCUUAGAAAAAAUAAGUCUUCUCAUAUAUCAGAAUCCAGAAACUUUCAGUAUGGCCCGCGUAAUAAUAUGCUAAUGAUAUUUCGCACAAGUUCUUAUAAACUCAUUGGCACGAGCCGGGGUUCGAAGCCACGAUCUCAAGUUAGAAAGCAGCAAGCCUUACUUUGCUACCAACGCUUCAUGAAGAAUUUUGGUAGUAUGAGAUGGCUCGUAUAAAUACGUACAUAUACAUGUACUGAUGUACAUUAAUAUUGGACGAAGUCAAUAUUGACCGAGCAGUGACAUACGAUGUACAAAAGUCAAUAAAUUCAUCAAUUAAAAUCGAACUAUAAUGUUGUAGUUGUAUACUUAAUUAUUGCAACUACAAAUAGUAGUUAGUAUUAUAUAAAUUAACUUCAAAUUUUGACAAAUAUCUGUUUUUUUGUAAAUAUAGGCCCCAUUAAUAGAAUGUAUCUAGUUAAAUAAAGAGUAUUCACGUGACUCCAACUCUAGUAAUACUCGAACAAUGUUUUGGUACACUUCCUGACAUAAAGGUAAAGGUGUUACCAUGUAAAUGUCUCCAACUUUCAGAUAUGUACCCCUUAAUUUGAAUGAUAAUAAUAAGUAAUUCGUAUUCGUUUGAUUCUGGAACUUUAAUAAGCUUUAAAAAUAAUAUUUUUCUUAAUAAUGUGAGGCAUGAUAAUAUAAUUGUACAAAAAAAGAUGGUGUUUUGAGGAAUGAAUGCAUUGGUUUACGAAAGCACAGUGUAAAAAAAUAUGAAUUACGUGUAUUUUAAGUUUAUAAGUAGCUUCAGCAAUUUUAACGGAAGCCUGUGCAAAAGUAGGCAAUUAUAAAAACUCGUUGACCUCUGAAAAUAGUACAUAUAUGUAUAGUGAAAGGCCUAAACAAUAAAUGGUUGGCAUGGCAAAAAAACGCUUGUAAAACCAACUUUGUAAUCUUUACGAUAGUGUUCAAAAUCUAAUGCAUGUCAUCACACAGGCAUUUUACUAAUGUAUUUCAUACAUCAGGGGAUCUAGCCAAGAUGUGUAAUAAGUCUGUAGUUUCAAAAUACUUUCGGGCAUUUUAUUAGUACUUACAUACUACAAAUGUAGGUAUUUAUUUGUAAAUGAAGUAACGAACCCUGAAAUGUUAGACUAGAUACUUUUGCCAUGUUUUUUUUUAUGCAACUGUAAAUAAGUAAGAAUUGUCCAAUAUUGUAAUAUAAACUGACGGUGCCUUAUACCUAUUGUCCACUUUCGAAUUUCGAGACCGUUCGUGAAUGAACUCUUGGCAAUGGCAUAAUUUAGGACAGUUGCAACCAUGGGGUAAAGUGGUAUAAGAUUUAUACACUUCCACUGUGUAUGACUGUACGUCCACAUACCCAACGAUACCUUCUCUACCCUAAUUGCUACUUUAUCAAAGUUGUCUCAUGGUUGAAACUGCCCUGAUUCACCAUAAAUACGUAGAAAAAAAAGUACCUACUACAGUGUGUGUAUCAAUAUAAAUUUAGUAUAACUAUUAGUUAAAGGAAAAUUCGUGUAGAAAAAAGAAUGGUCUCCUUCUUCCAUUAGUGAUUGUGCCAUGUGUAAUAUUAAUAUUUAGCAAAUUAAUAUCCAUAUUGAGAUUAUUUAGCGGCAUUCUCUUUAUAAUGAUCACUUGCUUUAAAGGGUUGUCCCUUGUCUGUGUUGUUGUUGUUGUGUACAAAAAUUUAAAUAUGAAACACAAACUUGAGUAAUAUACAAACCAUACACUUCUACAUAAAUUAAGAGGCUAUUUCACAUCUAAAUGAUCCUUCUUUUGGCUGUAUAUCCGCAGUAAAGAACAUAUAACCCUCUUUGAAAACUUAUUAAGGCAAGAUCGUCUAUAUGAAACUUAAACAUGUAGGUACCAAUAUAAAAACCCUGCCAAGCAUGCUUAACCCUUUACCAGGCUGACAGUUCAAAAAUGACAAUCGAAUAUCGGUCUUACUCAUCGAAAAUAGAACACAUGUUUGAAGUGACGUAUGUGGGACAUAUAUAUCCCUUAGCCUGGUAAAGGGUUAAGACGCGUUUAGAUACGGUACGAAUAUUUAAGUACGACAGGUAUGUUAAAUUGUGUAGACGGUCUUACCUACACAAACAAUGUUACCCAUAUUGACCAUACCUUAAUGAUAUUUAUAAUGGGUCUUUACAAAACUUGGCCUUAUAAUACUUGUAUUAAUGUUGACAUUCCUUCCAUCUUCGUUUGCUCAAAUGGUGAAGUUUCACUUCUUCUGAUCUCUCGGGGCAAAACAGGAACAUUGUAUAUUUCUGACUUUAGCCUAAGUAUAAGGCAGCUACAGUGUUUAUAAACCGACCACUUAAAUGAGUCGGGAAGGUGCGGGCGCCGUACGCCUGCCGCCCGCAUCUUCCCCGCCACCCUUAGGGUCGGUUGCACCGAACUGUUUGUAUCGUUAAAGAGUUCGCUAAAUUUUUAUGUAUGGAAAGUUUCAUAGUAAAGCGCCGGGGCGCGCCGGCUGACGUUGAUCAGUCUGUCAAAUGUGGUUGGUGCAACUGGCCCUUAGUCGU